AUGGCCGAAGAACCAACGGUGGAUAUUGAUCCAAAGGGUGAUCUCUUCUUGGAGACAUCAACGGAGAAUUUCAAAAGCAAGAGGUUCCGCGUCUGCUCUCGUGCCCUUCGUCGCCAGUCGCCAGUCUGGGAGCAAAUGUUGUUCGGUCCUUGGAAGGAGUCCAAGCCAGCCGAUGGGAAGGAAUGGGUUGUUCACUUGGUUGGCGACCCUGCCGGCCCGCUAGAGAUUGUGCUCUCCAUUAUCCACGGCAAGUUUGAUACCGUUCCGGACCGUCUACCAAUCGAAACUCUCCAUCAACUCUUGAUCAUCACCAACAAAUAUGAUAUUACCAGCAUUGUAAGGCCCUGGCGUGGUCAGUGGCUGAAAGAAGCCAGCACGGCCCACAGGUGCCUUGUGGCUCAAAGCGUGGUUAAAUCGUUGUAUAUCGCUUGGGAGUUGGGCGAUGAACAUCUUUUUGCCUUGAGGCUGGAGAAUAUCUCCUUUAACACCGAGGUUGAUGAUGAUGGUCGUUUGUGUUAUCAAGGACUUAUCGAUCUUGAUGAGGAAGAGUAUUUGGGGCCACAGAGUGUACUAGCGACACGACCGCAGCACGAACUUGUGACGCUGCAGUUAUAG